AUGGACACUUCUGGCUUAUUCGUGAGCGAGACCUCCUCUUGCCUGGAGGAGGACCCUUGCAAGAGGGACGAUGACGAGAUAUCGAUAACUUCCCCAAUAGCAUCCCAACACGACUCAGAUGAUGAGUGGGUGGUAGAAGGCAUACUGUACCAGGUAAAUGACGAAGGCAAAGAUUUCUAUUUGGUGGAAUGGACAGGAUACCCUCUCGAAGAGGCUACUUGGGAGCCAGAAGAGAAUGUCCUGGGUGAACUGUUGGAGGAAUGGAAAGCCACGCAAGAAAGACAAGCAAGAGGCGAAGAGGCAGUUUUUGACAUCGUCGCCUGGAAAGAACUUGUCGACAAACGUGAUGAAGAACGUCGAGAACAACACCGCCGACGCAAUUCUGAACGCAAACGGCGCGGCCUGGAAAUCACUCUUUGGGAGGGUGAAUCUAGAGCAGAAUAUUCUUCCAGUGAGGAGAGCAUUAGCGAGGAUGGCUAUAAUGCCAUACUGCCCCCUCCAAAGCCCAUUGCAAGACAAGAUGCGAUCUCGUCCGUUGAACCUCAGGCCAAGCAAUCGCUAAAUCAUCCAAUCGAGGACGGAUCUGAUCUUCAUCGCAGACGGUCUUCUCAGAAGGUCAAACCCAAAUCACCACCAAAAAAAAAGGAAUAUGCAUCGUCAUCUCAGCAGCGCUUGCAGAAAAUGUCGACCACUACAACGGUUACUGGGUAUCAAGGUACUGCCAGGAGGCCAGCAGCCACAACAUCUGUCUAUAAUGGGCGUCCAAGUCACACAUCCCUUGCCUCAAAAUUUUCGCGGCCCAUUCGAACCGCCAAAAAAACACAAACUGGAACAAGGACAAUGGUGAAGAGUUCUGGAAAUGUAUUUACAAGCGGGAAGCCUAUACGAUCACACGCUCGACUGAGCGACACCGUAGCCGACACAACUAAAGAUCCCCGCAUGUUCGCGAGCCACCGACUUAGAAGGAAAGCUGAACUGCAGGGUCGGGAAAAGGCAGAUCAAGCGCCUACCGCACUUCCGGCCACGCUCUUCAGUAUAAGUAACGGUCCCCCCCCUAUGUCCGACUCAGUCGGUGCGACUACGCUACGUCGGUCCGCGAUGAAGCGCUCUGUUGAUGAGCUCAAGUCGUCAGCCAGCGAGUCCAUGGAAUCGGAAAGGGCAGAAUCAGCACGUCCUAUGGACUUAGAGCACUCAGUUCCGGUGCAGCCAGAAAGUAAAAGAAAGAAAUCUGUUCAAUGGGCUAAUGUAACUCCCCUCGUCGAAGAGCCGGAACCUAUGGAUAUUGAUAGUCCGCCUUCUGACCCGUCCAAAAGACCAAAGUCACCGCCACCGAGACGACGAUCGCCACCAUUAGUAUCUGGCCAAUCGCAGCCCAUACUUCGCAAAUUAUCCAUAUCGCAAUAUCAGCAGAGAAAUAUAGGGCAGGACGUUGAAAAGAGAAUCCUCUUGGGGCCCGGCGGAACCAAUGAUGUUCUGGCCAUUUUCGAAAACGUUCAACUCAAUUCUGAAGCGUGGCAUGCACAAUUUAUCAACCAAGAAGUGUUGCAAUUCACCAGGAUCUGCAAUGCUCGUACCUUUGGCCAACAACGAACCACAGUAGUUGAGCGCGUUCUCUCCCAUGGCAGCAUGAGAGCAAAGUUAGCGAAUGACCAAAGUCUUGUCGAUAGGGCCGCUGAGCGACUAAGACUAGGCUCUUUAGGAGCUACCUGUUUUCACGAAGAUUUCUCGGUCAUUAUCUAUCCUACGGAGUGUGAGGACUGGAAAGACGUUAUGGCCGAAGCCGAUGCUGACAGCCCCAAAAAGGUAACUUUGAAGUACUUCAUAUACAAGCCAUACCAGUUUGCUAUCAAGCCUCUGCCGGAGCGGAAAGUCACAACAGUAGAGUCAAGAGAUGUGCGCCUCUCGAUUCUACAAAACCUACUCCACCUUGACUAUCAUCAACUUACGCCACAUAGUUUACAAGGAGUGCAUCACAACUUUUACCUGAUAUUUCCUCCGUCCAGAGAGGCCAUGCUGGAUACACUCAGCGAGUGGCUUCACAUAGAAAACCCAAGUUGCAGGGUUUUCUCAACCAAGACGCCUGGCGACUGGGCAGCGUUUACGGACACCACAAUUGUCAGCCACGGAACUAUAAUCGUCCAUGAAACUGCAACUAGCACCCUCCGGCGAUUUCCAGGCCUAAUGAAGCUGCUUUUGCACAAACACAGCGCAGCUUAUGUGUUCUGGUGCAUCGGCGAGUCGCUCCAGCAGCAACCGAUGUACCCUUCCAUCCGCUCUUCACACUACAAAACUGUACCGGGCGAAUUCGAGUUGACAAGAUUAUUUCCACACGGUAAUGCAGUCCUAGUCACUCCAAGCUUUCUAGUUGCCGAGCCACGCCGGGCUUUCCAACUCUUCGAAUGGUACGCCAAAACGUACCAGAGGCCAAGCAACAACACCAAAAUCGUGGCUGCAUCUAGCCUCUGCAAAUUUCUUCGGGACCUUGCCCUAGGGCGGUCAGAUCAACGCAAAGAUUUGUUGGCACGGUGUGACAACGCCCGACAGUCAAAGUCGAUGCAAGAUGAGAAAUUAGUGGAAGCGAAACUCACUCAUGAAGAUUGUGCAGCUUUUUUUGGCACUUGGUGUUUAGUCGAGGGUCUUCAGCAGCCUUUGUUAAACGGUGUUGUGUCUGAUGAGCAACUAAAGCCCAUCAUUUUUGCCGACGAAAAUAUCGAUGCUAACGACGAGCAAAGUUUAGUAAACUGGUUCGGCUGUUGGUCGCAAACUCGGCUUGAUCAGUUCCGGAAAUUUUAUGUCUUAGGGACUGAUGAGAGCGCCGAUGCUCGUCAUGACAUCAAACUGGAAGAUAUCCCCGUGUACUCUCCUGGAACAGAUCGCGACCUUGGUGCUGAGACACAACCGGGAGGUAUACCAGAAACAAAGGAUCAAUUACCUGGUCCUGUGAAACAAAACUUACCAAUGGCAACCAAGAAACUUCCAAGUUCAGCUAGUUGGGCGAUUAAAAACUACCUGUUUGACCUUGCCAAGAGCAUUGAAAGACUUGUUAGGGCCCCGAUCGGCAGGCCGAAGCCAACUGUUGCCAAACUUUUUGGUUACCCAGUGUCUUGUCGUCAAGAUAUGCAGGCAGCGGUAUCUGCGGAAGACUUUCACGGGGAACUCGCAACAUACAAGAAGUGGUUUGACUUUCCGUGGCCAUUCUUCUCUAAAGUAUAUCCAAAGCACGUACCCAACGGUGUGCCAGGUUCGUCACCAAUGAUAUUCAACACUUAUCUGGCGUUCUUCUACACUCCCCAGGACUGUAUAGCGUCCCAGACCAAGGAUCACGAGCGUCAUCCAUGGCUCGCGGUUUACCGACCCACCAAUCCUUACCUUCGACCAUGGAAGGGGACUGAGCUUCUUAUUUGGGACGCAUCGGCCAACAGCCGGUUUCCGACAGACGGCGAGAUUCUUGUGUCUGAGCUCUGCUCAGCCCAAAAACGUCUGAUUGAGUAUGUUGAAGAGCAUGGCGAAAUGAAAAACCCGGGUCUUCCUUUGAGGAGGGUUUGGUUAGGUGGAUUCCGCACGAUUACAGAACCUUCGCCGCUUGAUGCUACUUUGGACUCUUUAGAAGCUAUGCUUAAGGAGCCCCAUGAUUACAUACCUGAUGAAGAAACAGUUCUAAUCGAGAAGGGAUAUCGCUCGGUCGUGUUACGUGUAUCGUGUAGCCCUCACGUUGACGGGGCUGGUGCUAUGGAGAAUACUAAAACCAACGCGCUCUACCACACCGCGGAUACCCUUGGAGGCAACAUUAUCUUCCACCCCCCUCGGAGCGUCAGACGAAUCAACACAAGUCGCUGCGAGAAUUUACUCUUCAAAUGGGUACGAGACAUAGCCAGAAAGGACCCAGACCGAUCAGUUGUUUCUUAUACAUUCAAGCCUACUUUGGAGUGGUACAACACGCAACAAGUGGCUGAGAAUCGCCACUAUGAACACAUCUACGUUGGCACCUGGCAACACAUAUUCGAGCUGUUAAGAAUAGUGUCCGAAAACACUAAGCAAGACAAACCGGAGACACGAGAAGGGACCAAACAGUAG